CUGAUUAUUUCAGCAUUCGUUAGGAAAAAAUCUUUUAUUGCGGACGCUACCUUCAAAUAUGGCCUAGAAACGUUAACGCUUGAAAGUUUUGCACUGACCAUUUUGGAAACAAGGGUUGUGAAGGCGAGUUUACGCCACUUUCCGGUGUAUGCGAGGAAGCACUCAGACGAAAAACAUAAGAGAUCACUGAGACAGGAACGAGUGCUACCAGCUGGAGAGCACGAAAUCCCAUUCUCCUACACUCUGCCCAAGUCGCUGCCCUCUUCGUUCGAAGGAGAAUUCGGUCACAUUCGAUACACUUGCAGGACCAAGAUGAUGAUAUGGGAACCUUGA